GUCAAUUUUGCCAUUAUAUAUUUUACUUAUAAACCGGGCAAUUAGGGUUUCUUCCAUUCCCAGCCGACUGCAGAAGAGAGCCGCUGCUCUUCAUCACAGUGACCACAUUACAGGUAUAUAGAUAAUAACCAAUGGCACCCCAGCAGAGGAAACCCCAUGUGUGCAGGAACCCUGAUCUGAUCAGAGGUGUUGGCAAGUAUUCCCGGUCAAAGAUGUACCACAAGAGGGGUCUUUGGGCCAUCAAGGCCAAGAAUGGUGGUGCUUUCCCUAAGCACGAGAAAAAAGCCGUUGCUGCUGCUCCAGCGGAGAAGCCGCCAAAGUUCUACCCAGCUGAUGACGUGAAGAAACCUCUCGUCAACAAACGCAAAGCCAGGCUCACCAAGCUCAGAGCUAGUAUUACUCCUGGAACUGUGCUGAUUAUAUUGGCUGGAAGGUUCAAAGGGAAAAGGGUUGUUUUCUUGAAACAACUUACAUCUGGAUUGCUACUGGUUACUGGGCCUUUUAAGAUCAACGGUGUUCCUUUGAGGAGAGUGAAUCAAUCGUAUGUGAUUGCCACAUCAACUAAGGUCGACAUCUCCGGAGUAAAUGUGGAGAAGUUCGAUGACAAAUACUUUGGAAAGCAAGUUGAAAAGAAGAAGAAGAAAGGAGAGGGCGAGUUUUUUGAAGCUGAGAAAGAGGAAAAGAACACGCUCCCACAGGACAAGAAAGACGACCAGAAAUCCGUGGAUGCUGCUUUGGUAAAAUCGAUCGAGGCUGUUCCUGACUUGAAAAGCUAUUUGGGUGCAAGGUUUUCACUAAAGGCAGGCAUGAAACCUCAUGAGCUCGUCUUUUAGAUGAAUCGUUUACAUUAAUUUUGUUUUCUUGAUUAUGAAUGUGUCAAAACUCUAGAUUUAGAGGCCACAUUGUGUUGGUUUUCGAUGGCUAUCAACGACGAGAUAUUCUUUUUCUUACCUUAUUCCUCUUGCUAGCAUUUUUGGAAUCUAUACAUUGAUUGUUAAUCUGCAUCUUUGGUCUUUUUCACCCU